AAACUUUUAACCUUCCUUGCUUACGAAGUUUACCGUCUUUAUAUUCAGCAUUCUUUAGCCCCUCAGUCCACACAAAGAAACAGAGCUAAUUUCAUCUCACUCACUCUCUCUCUCUAGAUACAUACAUACAGAAAUAUAUAUAUAUAUAUAUAUAUAUAUAAACUGUUUUGAGGAGAUAUAUCAAAAAUGGCGACGCCUCAGGAACACAUAGAGCAGAUAAGGAAAACGAAGUUCUCUAUAGGGGAAGAAAUAUCGAAUCCGCUCACUGAAGAUCUUCAUCAGGCUGUUAAGAAUCUCUCUGCUGAACUCUACGCCAAAGAUGUCCAUUUCCUAAUGGAACUUAUCCAGAAUGCAGAGGACAAUGAGUACCCAGAAGGGGUGGAUCCAUCGCUGGAGUUUGUGAUAACGUCUCGAGACAUCACAGGGACAGGGGCUUCAGCGACUUUACUGAUAUUCAACAACGAGAAAGGCUUUUCCCCUAAAAACAUCGAAUCCAUUUGCAGUGUCGGUCGCUCCACCAAGAAAGGCAACCGUAAACGCGGCUACAUUGGCGAAAAAGGAAUUGGUUUCAAGAGCGUGUUUCUGAUCACAGCACAGCCUUACAUAUUCAGUAAUGGCUAUCAGAUAAGGUUCAAUGAAGAACCUUGGUCGCAGUGUAAUGUUGGUUACAUUGUUCCUGAAUGGGUUGACGAGAACCCUGAUCUUUCUGUCGUAAAACAAGUAUAUGGCUCUGGUACUACCCUUCCAACAACAACAAUAAUCUUGCCUUUGAAGCCUGACAAAGUCAAACCUGUGAAGCAGCAACUCUCAAAUAUUCAUCCUGAAGUUUUGUUGUUCCUUUCAAAGAUAAGGCGGCUUUCAGUUAAGGAAGAUAACGAGGACCCUAGGCUCACUACUGUCAGUUCAAUAGCUCUAUCAAGUGAGAAAAACUUCGUUUCAAGAAAGAACAUUGAUGCUGAAUCCUACGUGCUCCAUCUCUCGGCUGAUGGAAGUGGUGGCAAUUUGGAAAGAGAGUGCGGCUACCAUAUGUGGAGGCAGAGGUUUCCCGUCAAGCAGGAAAAUAAAGUAGAAAGAAGAAUGGAAGUAGAGGAGUUGGUGCUCACAUUGGCUUUUCCAUUUGGUGAGCGUCUUUAUAGGGGAAUGAACUCUACUGGGAUCUUCGCAUUUCUCCCUACAGAGAUGGUUACGAACUUCCCCUUCAUAAUCCAGGCAGAUUUUCUUCUUGCGUCAUCAAGGGAAACCAUCCUUUUGGACAGCAAAUGGAACCUAGGGAUACUUGACUGUGUACCUACUGCUUUUAUGCAUGCAUUCAUUUCGCUGGUGAAAGCCACAGAAGGUGCUCCACUGUCCAGCCUGGCUUGCAUGUUUAAAUUCUUACCACUCAACAGCUCUUCCUAUCCAUUGCUGAAUGCUGUGAGGGAGAUUAUUAAAGCAAAACUGGUGAAUGAAAAUAUUGUUCCGUGUGAGUCAGACAUGGAGCAGAGGUUCUUCCAUAAACCCAAUGAAGUUGGCAGGCUAAUGCCUGCUUUCUGGAAUAUACUAGGAAAGGCAAGAGGGCAAGGGGUGAGCUUGCAUAAUCUCUCUUCGCAUGGAAGGUACAUACUAAGUUCUUCGUUUGAUGAAACAAAGUACGAUCAUGUAUUGGAUUUCUUGGGAGUGGAACCUGUUGAUGACGAAUGGUAUGCAAAGUGCAUCCGAAGUUCUAAUCUUGUGUCAGGAGUGUCUGAUGAUUUGUACUUGGAGCUGCUUCUAUUUCUUGCACAGAAAUGGCGGUCCAAUUUUCAGAAAACUAGCAUAAAGAACAUUCCCCUUUUGAAGUACAUUGAUCUUGAUGGGAAUGUGUCUUUGUGUAGUAUAGACGCCUCCAAGCAGCUAAGUAAGAGGGUGCUUCUAUCUCGUGACCAUCGCCCUAUCUCAUGGCUGAUUAAUUGGAACAGGGAACUCAAAUGUCCUGCAGUUUGCACAUUUCUACCCCAGUCAACACAGGAAGCUAUCCUAUUAUGUUGUACGAGACAGAUACUAUUGGAAUGGCUUUCAGACCAGGUGAAUGUUAAGGCUGUAAGUGUUUACGAAUAUGCGUGUCUAGUCAAUGAUUCACUCAGAAGUGAUAGAAAGCUUGUUAUCUCCUACGCCCAUUUCUUAUAUCAUUCGCUGUCAGAUAAAUAUAUGGCCGUUGGAGAUGUUAAUAAUUUGUGUGCUGCCAUGCCACUUGUUGAUAACUAUCGGCAGAUCACCACAGGUAAGAGAGGGGUGCUUGUCCCUGCGAAUGGAAGCAAAUGGGUUGGACUGUUUGGAUCAAAUCCUUGGAGAGAAGAAGGUUACAUUGAGCUUGCAGAAGACUAUUUGCAGUCUGGCAACUUUGCAGGUUUGUUUACCCCUGAAAAACAGCUUAUUGAGUUCCUCAAAAGUCAUCUCAGGGUCUCUGAUAUACCGGAUCUAUCUCCUCCCAAUGCCGUGAUUCCCUCCAUGUCUACUCUUCUAACGAAGCAAAACACAUUCUUGCUGUUGGAAUGGAUUAAAAAAAUGAGACUAAAGGGAGUUGGCUUUCCGUUGAAGUUUUUGACAUGCAUAAGGGAGGGAAGCUGGCUUAGGGUUUCGUUAAGUGGCAGUCCUGGAUGUAGGCCCCCAUCACAGUCAUUCUUUCCAUCCUCAUCAUGGGUACAACUUCUGCAGAAUGAUUUUGUGCAAGUUGAUAUUCCAAUAAUUGAUCAGAGUUUCUAUGGGGAUGAAAUUAGUAGCUAUAAGGAGGAGUUAAGAACGGCUGGCCUGAUGUUUGAAUAUGGGGAAGCAUGUCAAUUUAUUGCGAAGCAUCUCAUGUCUCUGGCAGCUUCCUCAACAUUAACCAGAGGCAAUGUGUUUGCCAUUCUAAAUUUUAUCAAGUUUUUGAGGGAGAAGUAUCUUCCUCCUGAAGAAUUUAUCUGCAAUGUCAAGGUAGGAAGAUGGCUAAGGACUUCCCAAGGUGACAAGUCCCCAGUUGGAUCUGUUUUGUAUGAUCUGGAGUGGAAAGCUGCAUCACAAAUCAGUGAUAUUCCCUUCAUUGAUCAAUUUUACUAUGGUGACAAAAUCCUCUGUUUCAAAACAGAACUGCAGCUGCUUGGUGUGUUAGUCAGCUUCAAUCAAAAUUUCCAGCUUGUUGCUAACCAUCUAAAAUCUUCAGCAUGCUUUGCUAGUCUGUCAGCUGAGGCUGUUAUUUUGAUACUGGAAUGUAUACAUCAUUUAAGAUCAUCCCACAAUAUUAUAAGUGCAGUCAAAAACCAGAAAUUCUUGAAGACAAACAUGGGCUACAAGUCUCCAGCUGAAUCCUAUCUAUUCAAUCCUGAAUGGGGUUGCCUUCUGCAGGUGUUCAAUAGCUUCCCACUUAUUGAUCACAACUUCUAUGGAGCAAGUUUGUUGAAAUACAUAAAUGAGUUGAAGCAGAUAGGGGUUAUGGUGGAUUUUGAGGAGGCAGCCAAAGCAUUUGCUCUCAUUUUUAAGCAACAUGUGUCAUUAUCCUCCAUCAGAAAAGAUCAAGUUAUUUCAUUCCUGGCAUGUUUCAGAAAUCUGAAAGGAACAGCUUUUAAAUUUCCAUUGGUUCUUAAGAACUGCAUUCAUGAAGUGAAAUGGUUGCGAACACGGCUUACUGAUUACAGAACGCCAAAAGAGUGCAUUCUUUUUGGCGCAGAUUGGGAAUCUGUCUCUCCAAUCUCGCUGCUUCCUUUCAUUGAUGAUAGUGACAUUUACUGUGGUAAGGACAUCUAUGAAUACGAGGAGGAGCUGAAGGGAAUGGGUGUUGUUGUUGAUUUCAAAGAUGGUUACAAGUUUGUGAUUUCUGGCCUAUAUUUACCCUCAAAUCCUAGCAGCAUAACUCCUGUGAAUGUAAAUUCAUUGCUGGAAUGCAUUAGGAAUUUCCUUAAAGAGCCAAAUGCGUCCCUUCCUGAUAAUUUUUUGAAGAAAGCUUCUCAGAAAUGGUUAAAAACUAAUGCUGGUUAUAGGUCUCCAGACAAGUGCUUGCUGUUUGAUUCGAGCUGGAGUUCUCUCUUGCAAUGGGAUGAUGGGCCAUUCAUUGAUGAAGAAUUUUAUGGUUCCAAAAUUAAAUCCUACAGAGAAGAGCUCAAAGCGUUAGGAGUUACUGUUGAUGUUAGAAGUGGGUGCCAGUUGCUUGCAAGCCACCUUGAUUCUCAUUCUAAGUUCACUACUAUUGUUCGUAUUUAUAAUUAUUUGAACGAGGUCAACUGGAUGCCCAUUGAUGGAAGCACUACUAAAAUUUGGGUCCCGAAUGGAAGUGACGACGGAGAGUGGGUAUGCCCUAAAGAAUGUGUGAUUCACGACAAGGAUGAUCUCUUUGGCACGCAGUUGCAUGUGCUGGAGAAAUGGUAUGAGAGGAAAUUACAGCACUUCUUCUCCAGUGUGCUGGAAGUGAAGAUCAAUCCUUCGGUAGAUGAUUACUGUAAGCUUUGGAAGGUAUGGGAAAGCACUGGACACAACGUGUCAUAUGCAGAAUGUUGUGCCUUUUGGGGGUAUGUUAUAAAGCACUGGAGUUCGAAGACCGAGAAAAGCCUUGCUGAGAACUUGUUGAAACUGCCUGUAAGUUCAGGGCCCGAAGGAAUUCUGUUGUUUGACAAGCGAGAUGUCUUCAUUGCCAAUGACCUUCAAUUGAAGGAUCUUUUUGAGCAGUCUUCUUCUCGUCCACUAUUUGUUUGGUUUCCUCAGCCAAGCUUGCCAUCCUUGCCACGGUCUAAACUGCUUGAAAUAUACAACGAGAUUGGUGUCAGGACUAUCUCUGAAGCUGUAACGAAAGAACUGUCUGUAGUGGAUGGACUUGAAAUGAAGCAGGUGAACCCGAGUGAUGUGUUAAUUGGAAAAGGGUUGUUCAGACUUAUUCUUAGUUUUCUAGCUGAUCUCUCUCUCAAAAUGGAAGGAGAGAAGAGGCAUGAAGCUGUGAGAUGCCUCUUUAAUCUUACUGUCCUAGAGACAGUAGAACCUAUUACAAUGGGAUACAGUUUGUCGCUGUCUUCAGGGGAAAUUGUGAAUGUGAGGGCAAGCCGGGUGAUACGUUGGGAGAGAGAGAAUUUGAAGCUGUUUGUGCAGAAAAUGGAUAGGUCAGGUGGACAGAAAAAUAUGAUCAAAUAUGCUACUUAUUUUUCUGAAGUAAUAUCUGAAGGAAUGCUAUGGGAGAAAGAAGAUCACAUAUCUCAGCUGGCUGAGCUGAUGAAGUUGGGCUACCUUCUCGAAUUUGAUGAGGAAGCCAUUGGGUUCUUGCUGAAGACCAAGAAUCUGCAGUUAUAUUCGGAGGACGAGGAGUUUCUCUCUUCUGCUUUGCCUUCUAAUUAACUAUGUUAUGAACUUUUUGUGCUUUUAAGUUUUCUAUUGCUGUUCUGUUUGGCUAUUUGGUUUACGUAUGGCGUGCUGUUAGAGUGAAAUAUGCUAGAUGUACCUAUUGCUCAAGGGAUUUCGUGUAGUAGUUUAUUAGUAACCUUUAUUUAUAGUACUUCUGGCCUUUGUUUCUUA